ACCAAAAAUCAUAAAACCAUGACAGUGAGUCUUUUAGAAACAGCAGGGCUGCCUUAGAGGGAUGAAUCAAUAGCUGUUUUGCUCCACCUGAAGAUAUCCCCAGAGGUUCUCAGCACUUCUCCAAGUGCCCAUCAUCAGAAGAGGAGGGAUGCCACCUCUAGUCGCAGUCAAGGUUUAGGUCUAAGAGCUGUGUGGAUAGCAGUGAGCUGCUGCAAAAGUUUUUGGUCAUUUGCCAGUGACAUCUACAGCCUGCUUAACCUGUACAGAUCCAUCAAAUUGAUGCUUUCUGACUUAUUCAUAGCUAGUUGUCCUCUUGUCUCUUUACUUGCUCCUAAAUCCAGUCUGGGGCUCCACAUGGUGCCACCUGUCUGAAGUGAAUGAAUCCCAGCAGGGUUAAUUAAGUAAUUUAGUCAUUUUCAUCCUGAGAGGAAUGUGCCUCAUUUCAUUUUGGGCAUAUGAAUCUAAAUACAGAACUUGUUUAUGCAUGGAAUUAGUUCUCAGAUCUGGGCUACAGCUUAAAUUCGGUUAAAUUGGAUAUGUAACCUGGAAAAAGCCUGUUAUGGGAGGGAAAUAGUGUUUUUUGUAAUAUUUGAAUUGCUGUCAGUGGUAAACUAGACCAAACGUGAGUUUAGUUUUGAUUUCAAAUGCCUCCCAGCACCCUACCCCAUGCUUUAAUCCAUUUUAUAUUCUCUUGGCAGGUAGCUUCAAGAAUUAAUCUGAAUGCGUCCUUUCCUGCAACAAAUCUCUCUUAAAAAUACAGAAAGAAAAGGAAAAGAAUGACUGAAAUUCUCUAAAUGUCUUGAAUGUGUUCUGUGUAAACUUUGUAUGUGAUAUUGGUUCCUCAAGAUGAAACCAACUUAAUUGAAUGAGAGAUUUUCUCUGAAAAAGGACACGUGUAUUCUGUUAAUAAAUACCUUUAUGUGUAUAGUACAUACUAAAUACCUUUAGGUAUUUACACUGCUGUAUAUAAUAUUUCCAAAACAAUAUUAUUGUUAACUAAGUUAAAAUAAGAAAUAGUGACUAAAUAAAUAUUACUUUUUAAAACAAGAAUUUGGACAAGUAACUCUUGAACUGCAUUGACAACAUGCUAUGGAUGCAGCUAAGUGGCAUAUUGCUCCAAUAUUUCUUGACUAUCAAACUGCUUUUUACUCUGCUGCUUUGUAAAGUUAAGAUGCAAAAUACAUGGAAAAACUGAUGUUUCUUGAGGCUGCAUAAGAACAAACAUUUUUUUCGUGCAUUAAUUGAACAUUUUCAUUUGCUUGGACAGAGUCAUUUCUUUUGUAUUGCUUGUCUUUGAAAUCAUUACACAUUCUAUGCUUUCAUGGAAAACUUAAAGUCACCCUCCAGAUUGCUGUUAUAUUCUUUCAGUGCUCACUGGAUCAUUGCUAGGUUCUCUGUUUUAAAACUUUUGCACUCUUUUAGGUUGUGAACAAACAAAAAGAAAAAUAGUUGUGAAAUCUAAUAGCAGCAGUGGUAGCCUUGUAAAAAGCGAAUGUCUCAAAGAAAUAAUAUGCAAAUAAAAAAGUAUUAUAAAACAUUCAGGGGGUAUCUCAAACCUAAGAUCUAGUGAGUUCUCUGUUUGGCCUAUAUUUUCCUGUUAAUCUUUCCAGCACAAUGGAGUAUUGCACUAAAACAGAAGGAUUUAGGUGGAAUUAAAGUUUUUCCAUUUAAACUGAAAGUCUUAUCCUUAAAUGUAUAAACUAAUCUUUUAAACCGAUUUAAUUACUUAAAGAAGUUAAGUAGAAGGACAGUAGUAUAUUUUAAACAUUCUUACACUGAGAGUUUCCUUAUACACCAAUGAAAGUUAGUUUACUUAAAGAUGGAUCCAGCUGUCUGAAAAAGGAAAAAAAAUACUCCUGUUAAAAGGGAUUUUGGAAUUGCCCUGGCACAGCUUAUCCAUACAACGUAUGGAAAUGCCUUUUUUUUUAAUAAAUAAAUAAGAAUGUCCAGUGAUUAAAAAUUUUAAGCUGUAUUAAGUAAUGCUAUAUAUCCAGAUAAAAAUGAUGCACUAUUGAUCAAAUCACUUAUGUCCUGCUAGAGUAUUCUUCUAUAUGUAAUGUUGAUUUAAAAAUAAAAACUGUUGAGACAAGCACUGGCAUUUGAAAGGAGAAGCAGUGUAUGGUAGAAUUUAGAGAAGAUUUUUUAGGCAAAACCUUGAACUGAGUAUGGAGCUAUUUGGGUGUCUUGCUGACUUCCUAGCAACUGCCAGGAAUAUCAUAUAAUCAUAGAAUCGUUUGAGUUGGAGGCGGUCUUUGAAGGUUGUCUAGUCCCCUGCUGAACAGGGACACCUGCAGCUAGAUCAGGUUGCUCAGAGCCCUGUCAAGCCUGACCUUGAAAAUCUCCAAGAAUGGAGCAUCCACCACCUCUCUGGGCAACUUAGUGCCUCACCACGCUUAUUGUAAAAAUAUUUUUCCUUAUAUACAGUCUAAAUCUGUCCUCUUUUAGUCUGAUACCAUUUCCCCUUGUCCUAUCACAGCAGACCGUGCUGAAGUGUCUGUUCCCUUCUUUCUUAUAGCCCUUCCAUAGAUAUUGACAGGCCAUUACGGUAUCUCCUUCUCCAGGCUAAACAUCUCCAACUCUCUCAGCCGGAAUAUCAAGACUUAACUUUAAAAAAAGCAUUGAACUGGAGAUGCUGGAAUGGUUGCAGCUUUCUCUACAGGAUAAUAAGCUUUGAUGUUCAGACGAGCAAAACUGAAAGAUGCCAUCUGAGAGGUGCCUGAGCGUUCAAGAAAUGUUGACAGGUCAGAGGCUUUGUCAGUCAAGCUCCCAUAAUGAUGCUGUUCUGGCAGCCCUGAACCAACAAAGAAGUGAUGGCAUACUUUGUGAUAUCACCCUUAUUGCUGAAGAGCAGAAAUUCCACGCACAUAAGGCAGUCCUGGCAGCCUGUAGUGACUACUUUCGAGCAAUGUUCAGUCUCUGCAUGGUUGAAAGUGAAGCUGAUGAGGUGAAUUUGCAUGGCGUCACAAGCCUAGGUUUAAAACAAGCCCUGGACUUUGCAUAUACUGGACAGAUCCUUUUGGAGCCAGGGGUGAUACAGGAUGUACUAGCAGCUGGGAGUCAUUUGCAGCUGCUGGAACUUCUCAGUUUAUGUUCUCAUUAUCUCAUACAGGAAUUAAAUAGUUUUAAUUACUUGGACCUGUAUAAGCUUGCGGACCUCUUCAACCUCACUUUGUUGGAGAAUGCAGUGGUUGACUUCUUAGUAAAACAUCUCUCUGAACUACUGAAGAGUCAUCCUGAAGAAGUGCUGGCACUCCCAUACUGUCUCCUUCGAGAGGUUUUUAAAAGUGAUAGACUCACUUCACUCAGUGAAGAACAAAUCUGGCAGCUGGCUGUAAGGUGGUUGGAGCACAACUGCCACUACCAGUACAUGGAUGAACUUCUCCAGUAUGUCCGCUUUGGCCUUAUGGAUGUGGAUACACUGCAUACUGUAGCUCUUUCUCAUCCUCUCGUCCAAGCUAGUGAAACUGCGACAGCACUUGUUAAUGAGGCCUUGGCUUACCACCAGAGCAUCUAUGCACAGCCAGUUUGGCAAACCAGAAGGACAAAACCCCGCUUCCAGUCAGACACUCUUUACAUUAUUGGUGGGAAAAAGCGUGAAGUCUGCAAAGUGAAGGAAUUGCGCUACUUCAACCCAGUCGAUCAGGAGAACGUUCACAUUGCAGGGAUCGCAAACUGGAGUGAGCUUGCACCAAUGCCCAUGGGGAGAAGCCACCACUGCGUCGCUGUCAUGGGAGACUUUCUGUUUGUGGCAGGUGGGGAAGCUGAGCACUCCACAGGGCGCACCUGUGCCGUGAGGACUGCCUGUCGCUAUGACCCUCGAACCAACUCCUGGGCAGAGAUAGCUCCCAUGAAGAACUGCCGGGAGCACUUUGUGCUCGGAGCAGUGGAUGAAUACCUCUAUGCAGUAGGAGGCAGAAAUGAGUUGCGUCAAGUCCUACCUACUGUGGAACGCUAUUGUCCCAAGAAGAACAAGUGGACCUUUGUACAGUCCUUUGAUCGAUCGCUUUCAUGCCACGCAGGAUAUGUGGUGGAUGGUCUUCUUUGGAUAUCAGGAGGAGUAACAAAUACUGCACAGUAUCAAAACAGGCUCAUGGUCUAUGAUCCCAAGCAGAACAAGUGGUUAAGUCGUAGCCCAAUGCUGCAGAGGAGAGUGUAUCACUCCAUGGCUGCCGUCCAAAGGAAACUCUAUGUGCUAGGUGGGAAUGACCUGGACUACAACAAUGAUCGGAUCCUGGUUCGGCACAUAGACUCCUACAGCAUUGAUGCUGACCAGUGGACACGUUGCAGCUUCAACAUGUUGACAGGUCAAAAUGAGUCUGGAGUUGCGGUCCACAAUGGUAGAAUAUAUUUAGUUGGCGGCUAUUCAAUUUGGACAAAUGAGCCUCUGGCAUGUAUCCAGGUGCUGGAUGUCAGCAAGGAAGGGAAGGAAGAAGUUUUCUAUGGGCCCACCCUCCCGUUUGCUUCCAACGGGAUAGCAGCGUGCUUUCUUCCAGCUCCCUAUUUCACGUGCCCCAACCUUCAGACCCUGCAAGUGCCUCACCACAGGAUCGGCACGAUGUGAGACGAGGAACAUGCGCGUCAUCAACAAUGACAUGUGGAGUGUGAAAAUCAAACCCCCUGUACAGAAGGGGUCUUUGGAUCUGUGAAAAGAAUCCAUCCCCAUGGGCUGCUGCUUUACUGUCACACAUUUGUCUUAAAGUUGGAUCGCAAUAGGCAGGAAGGAAGCUAAAAAACCUGUGGUUUCUCUCCUCUGCCUCAGCUGCAGAGGUGUAUACCUGAGAGCAUUUGGCACUUCUGGUGACUACUUGCUGCCUGUCUCUAUAUAAUUCCAUUAUGCCACUCAUAAGGCAUUGUGAUGCUCUCGGCUCCUCCCUGGGCUGCUCUUCUCUGGAGUCUGCACGUUCCGUUGUUCACCAAUGGCACUUUCAGAGAUGAUAGGAAGUACUGUUUGUGUUGACAAAGAUGGUAUAAUACUGUGGUAAUUAUGCAACUCACUUGAUACCUUUGGCAAAAAGAAUAACAAAUGUGUUGACUUCCAGUUCCAAACUCCAUUGUUUACAGUUUCUCAUUUAAUGAUACUUCAUUUUAAAUUCAAAUACUGUGAAGCAGAUUAAAACUAAAAUAAAAACUGAAAAAGCCCUGUAGAAUCUGAGGAACACGUGACAAUUUGCAAAAGACAAAGAUGCUGGAGCUUCACAGUUAAAUGCAAGUCCGAACCAAAUGUGUUUGUCUGAGAGUCUAAAGAUCAUGUGGGAUGUCUUUUACCAAGGUCUACUAUCAAAUAAAUGUUACCUUCACUCACAUGAUCAAUUCCUGCUGACAGCUGCCGUCUUUUAAUGGUGGAGAACAGCCUCUUUACUGUAUAAUUAAAAUAUGCCGUUUACUUAAUAUUUUUAAUAUCCAGUUUGCACGGGGUCACCACAUUUACAAUUAUCAACAAACAGUCUCAUUUUGUCCAACAUAUGGUCCCACAAAUCACUGCUCUCCAGAGGCUAAACAGGUGUAUAACAAUGUCAAUAUUUAUUUAUUCCUUGGGUUUAUAUGGCGCGUCUCCGUUCCGUACUCAGGCAUAUGCCACUUCACAAUAAAUACUCCAACCUGUUCUAUCUUGGCUUUGCUCGGCUACUGCA